CCAAACUCACAUACGCAAUAUGAUUCCCAUGCACGACAGGGUCUCAAGGAUAAACGAGCUUGUGAGCCUUACAGUACUCAGUCCGAGAAGACCUAGCAACGGCAUAGCAGCGAAGUUCUUGCUGUAGAAUUGCCCUUUCCAACUAAGGUAAAGCCUAGAUACCGCAGCCUCUCUGCUUCGAGAUGAACACCCACCUGCUAAUUUCCCUCGUGGCACUGCUGGCACAUGGGGCUUGCUGCCAGCGCACCUUGGAAUCCAACAUCGAUGCGCUACUUAGCAUCGUCUCCGAGGAGCAGAUCGCAGACAUCUUAACAGGAGAGAGGUUGGACCUAGAAAAUUGCUUCAGGGUCACGAAGGAUGUGAAGAGCUGCACUGCUGCCACGAGGACCUUCAUAGCGUUGGCCCAACAGCUGUCGGACACGGGGUACAAGUGCGACGCCUGCGAGCCCACCCAGCAGGCCGUCAUCGACAACUUCCUCAGCACCGUCCGCGGAACACCCAACUGCCAGUACUUGGUGUCGGUUCUGCCCAUUCCAGAUUUCUGCUAGUCUGGGAUCGGCUGGAUUUCCCCUCUACUACUGUUGCUUUGUUACUAACGCUUCGCUUAUAAUCAAUACUUCAUGUUUUGAUGGUUCAUUAUAAUGCUUCGAGGCGUCGUUUCGUACUUCCACGACGUCACGUUGUUUCGAAACAUUUUUACCUGUGUUUUAGGCUUCAAUGCAGUGCUUCGAAGCUUUAUUUCGAUGUUUUAGUCAUGCGUCAUGAUUCUCGCCUCGACUUCACAUUACGCAACAGUUGUCCUAAAAUUCUUAAUGACAUACGAGUUAUACGUAAAGGAUGGUGAUAAUACCCCAAGCAAAACUCAUGUUAGGACUUCAAUACUCCUUUUGAGUUUCAUCUCUCUCUUCCUUAAAAGACGAGGAGAGGAGAAAUAUAUAAUAACACUUCCUCGUAAACUAGUUUUUGUAGUCAUUUAUUCACCCGGUAUUUUUUUUUUUCUCUCGUAGUCUGAUGAUGAGAGAGAUGUCGCUCGGGAAAAUUAUCUUUGCAGCCGGGCUUGAGUGCCACUUGGCCAAGGAUGCUUUUCUUGAGUAAGCGUGAUUGGCUCGUUCAUUCAUCUUUCUCUCUAUGUUUGUCUAUAUGUCUGCCUGUCUAUCUGUUUGUCUGUCUGUCUCUGUCUCUCCACACUCUCUCUCCCUCCUUCCCUCCCUCCCCUCCCUCUCUCUCUUU